GAAAAUUGUGUGCGGCAUAUACAAAUUCCAUUCAACAGAGGAAGUGUGAACAACAAUUGGAGUAGUCAGAGUCAGAGCUAAGCGCAGUUAAAGUACUCGUACUCAUAAAAUAAAUAUUAAAAUUUUUGAACUAAAACUGUAAAAAAAAAAAUGAAAUUUCUGCUUUUCUGUUUUUUGUGCAUAAAUGCCAUUGCACUUUCGUUGACAGCAGCGCAAUAUGUGGAUCCUUACGCUACACCACUACCACAAUUUUCGCAGCUAAGCAGUACGCCGUAUAACGGUUAUCUAUAUAAUACGAAUAGUAAUCCCUACAACAUAUACAAUCCGUAUAAUAAAUAUAAUCCCUACAAUCAAUAUAAUCCUUACAACCAGAAUACAGGAACGAAUACAUAUUGGAAUGGAUACGCUUGGGUAAACAGUUUUCGUUCGGCAAGUAGAACUAGAAAGUGAAAAGGUGAAAAUUCUAACUUGUAAGAGACCUGCAUUGGACUCUUUGGUCAUUAUAGUAUUUAUUUAUUGUAUUUAUAUAUUUAAAAUUGUGUG